AUGCACUACUUCAACCUCUACUCCAGUCUCUUUACAGUCGGCUUUUGCAGCCUGGCUCUGGCCCAGACCCCCAACACUCAUAAUCCCGUCAUUGCCGUAGCCCAGGCGAUUAUUUACGGCCUCGAUGACUCCGAACUGAAAAUUCCCCGAGGUCGCUGCAUCAAGGUGGAAAAGAUACAGCCCAAAAUUUCGUCCAUACAAGUCGCACAACACAACAUCUGCAGGCUGUAUUAUAAGGAUAGCGACCUUGACUGCACCGGAACAUUUUUCGUGUGCAAAGAGGGCGGCUACAACAUCGAGCGCACUCGGAUAAAGUCCAUUCGCUGUACAGCAAGCCGUGCCGGAAGCCAACCCUAA